UCCUUCCACACUCUCUAAAACAAUAAGAUGUAUUCAGCAACAGAAGCUAAUGGUGGCGGCGCCGGCGAUGAUGAUCGGAUCCAAAUUCUAUGUCAAACUAGGCCAUGUAUCGGCCAAGAACGGCGAUGGAAACCCAAUGUGGAAAUAGCUCCAAAUUGCCCAAGAUGUGCUUCAUCAAACACUAAAUUUUGUUAUUACAAUAAUUACAGUCUUUCUCAGCCAAGGUACUUUUGUAAAUCUUGCCGGAGAUAUUGGACCAAAGGUGGCUCCCUCCGUAAUGUUCCGGUUGGUGGUGGAUGUCGGAAAAGCCGCCGUUCAAAGGCUGCCGGAAACAGGGGAUCUAAUUUGCCUGGAUCCACUAAUAGCAUGGGCCAAGCUAACGGAGAUCCAUCUAUAAACGGGUCGGAUGGACCCGACAUAGAUUUGGCUGCGGUUUUCGCUAAAUUUCUAAAUGACAGUCCAGACGGGGAUCAGAAUCCAGGGUUUUCCGGUGGUUCUGGGUCGGACACGUUUCCGGAAAUUCAAGAUGAUGCAACCGGAGGAGGGAUGAUGAUGAUGGGGGAUGUUGACCCGGUUUGGGAUUCGGGUCGGGUAUUUGAAGGGAUGGUACCGGAUAUGGGUCAUGAUAAUCAAAGUGAAUUAGGAAUGUUUGGAAUUGGUGAGGAUGAUGGGUUUAAUCCUGUGUGUUUGCAGAGUAUGUUAAGUGAUGAGAUAAUGAAUACGGGUCAAGAUAUUUUAUGGCAUGAUCCAAUAAAUGUGGCAAGUUUUGGGUGGGAAUUGCCUAUGGUUGGAGGGCAACAACAGCAGUUUCAAGACUUUGGUGCAUUACCGUCUGAUGAAGGCGAUCAGAUGGCUAAGAUUUCAUCAAGUGAUCAAAAUUGGGGCUUGUUUGAUCUUUCAGGAUUUGAAGUCUUUUCAGGGCCUUGAAAUGGAAACCUUUUUAUUCAAGGUUUCUUUUCUUUACCUCUCAUUUUACACUAUCAUUUAAAGGCUUAGUUUGGUUCCACCUCAAACCUUCGUCGCAACCGGAG